AUGGCUUUAGAAGAAACUGAUCCUAACUAUCAACAAAAUAUUCAGCUUUCAGUUCUAGUAGAAUCAGCUAUAACCAACAACAGCACCAACAGCUUAAAUAAACAAAUAAUAAUGAUAACUCAAGAAGAUCUCUUAUCAGAUAUAGAAAUACUACCAAAAAAAGAACUUGCCAUUUAUAGCUAUGAAACACCACACCUAUCUGCAAGUUGCAUUUCCAAGACAGCCUCUUCUUCUGACAAAAAUAAAAAAACAGAUGGCUUAAUCACAGUAACUAACAGGAAAACUAAAAAAGGAAACAGAAUAUCUAAGAAAAAAUUAUACAAGAUUAUUUCUUAG